GUGGUACGGCAAAUGCCUUUUCCUCACUGAACUCGCCUUAUCUCUACCUAAACUGGUUUUGAGUUGAUCAUUAUUCUUUUUUUUCUGCUCAGUAGCUCAGUUGUUUCGAGAGUGUGUUCAGGAUGGGACGUAACCCGGACCUCUACGAUCCCGUGGAUAACUAUUCGUUGGCUCAAGAGUAUCGGUUUUACAACCCGCAUCUUCAAGGAGUGACGAGCAAUGAAUGGAUUGUCUAUGGGAUCCUCAUGCCCAUGUUUGGCACCCUCAGUGUGCUUCUGAACAUCUUGAUAUUCAUAGUCUUGGCCAACAGGAACCGAAGACAAGGCCAAAAUUCCCUGUUCAUCUUCCUCCAAUGUCUCUCAGGUUACGAUAUUUUGGUGUCCACUCUGUCCUUGUUUAUCUUUUCGGUCCCCACUUUGUGCAAGUAUUUUGAGUGGAACCUGGGGUAUUUGAACGAGGUGCACCCGCUCUUGAUGCCAUUUUUGAUGCCAUUUUUGCACAUGGCCAUCACAGGUAGUGACUACCUGAAUUUGGCCGCUGCCGUGGAGCGGUUCAUUGCUUUGGAUCGGAACUUCAGACGCACCAAGACACCGCAUUAUGGUUGUCUAACGCGCAGAACACUCUUUUACUGCGUUGUCAUCCUGCUUUGCACAAUUCUGUUUAACGUUCCACUGAUUUUCGAGCGUGAGGUGAUUUUAAAUGCCAAUGGGACCUUAGAGGUGAUUGCGACCUCCCUCCGAUUCAACGAUAUCUACAUCAAGAUGUACCGACUGAUGGCCGAAUUUCUCAUCUUCAAGGUCACAACCUGGAUCUCGUUCAUGAUCUUGUUUCUCAGUCUGAGGGAUCGCAUCAAUUUCUAUUUCAAAAGUAAAGUGCGGAAGACGCUCACGGUGGAACACUAUUUGGAAUUGAUGAACUCGCGGAUCAUCCUGGGCAUUAACUCGCUCUUCUACAUCACCAAUGCACUCCCCCUGGUCAUCAGCCUCUGUCACAUGUUCUUGGUGCAUUUGAGCGAUGAUCUCAGCCAGAUUGCCAAUUUGUGCCUGAUCCUCAACUCCACCUUCAAGUUCUUCAUCUACGUGGGAUUGAGUCGAGAUUUCCGGCGUUCCGUAGCAGAGCUCUGUGGAAAACCAACGUCUCAUUGGACAGAAGAUGAGGCGAUGAGUUCCGCUUUUCUGGACCAUGCCAAAGUGGUGACCUUCGCGCAGAGUCGCGGAUAGCCAUUGCAGAGUCAUUAUCAACGUGUUGAUCUCUCCAAUAGGAUGACACCUUCUGGAGACGAUCCACACCUCGAGCCAACCAUUCACACGCUCUCAAAAAGUUAUCCAGCACACGGAUGAGCACGCAGAUUAGCCAUGCUCCCCACAUUUUCCCAACUCAAACAAAAGACUGCUUAUCAAAAUCUCAUCCAUCACACCGACCCACUCCAACCACCAACAUCCACAGAGUUUAUCAUGAAGGCCAGGCUAUUCAUCACAGUGUGAGGAUGUAGCAAGUCCAUUCGUGAAAGAAAGGAAGACUGAUCCCAUUUAAUUAGUCCGAUUUGUGCAAGACUCGUUGCUUGCUUUCACCAAGGAUGAGCGGUGGUGAAGCGGGAAGAAGCUUUCCAAAAUGUUUACAUUUCCACUUUACAGCCUGGCAAUUCAAUACAUGCAGUCGAUUCUUUCAAAAGGCUCAAGGUUCUUAUCCAUAGGUUGACGCACACAGACAUGAUAUCACAACGCCGAAAUGAAUCUCUGGAGUAAUCAAUACGAAUAUUCAACAUUGACUCGGCCAAUACAUAAUGCCCUCAGUCACUCACACGGC